AUGCAAUGCCCUCCAGUUUUAAUAAAACCUGCCAUAGGAGACAGAUAUAUAAUUGACAAACUAGCAAGGGUUAGGAUACAAACCAACAAUUUGCAUAUUGACGAAAAAUUCUUUAUAAUUCCCGAGCAACGAAAUAAUAUCAUUUUUGGAAAACCACUAUUAAAACUUUUGAAAUACCAACUACAAGACGACCACGAAUCUAUCGAAAUCGAUGGAACACGUGUAAUCAUCCCCACUGUCACUCCUUUACUAACCAAUCGACCUCAUAUACGAUUAAUAAUGCAAACUGAUAUCAAAGAACAGUUGCGUGAACAAUACCCACUCGUAUUCGCCGAACCCAGUUUUAACAACAAGAAAACAAAACAUAAUUACAUUGCUUCCGUCCGACUCAACAAUUUUCCAUACCAUAAACCCAAAGCCUAUUUCACCAACCAACUACAACGACAAGCGAUCGAACAAUUUAUUAAACAGUCUCUAGCAACAAAAAUGAUAUCUCCAAUAGAUACCGAUGAGUUAGUAGCACUUAGUCCUGUUUUCCCUAUACAACAAUCAAAAGACAAGAUUAGAAUUAUAACGGAUCUGAGAAAAGUUAAUACACAUUUGCUGUACACACCGAGAUCCAUACCUCCAAUCCAACAUAUAUUUGGCAACCUUGCUAAUAAAACCAUUUUUUCGUCACUAGACAUUCGCAAAGCUUACCAACAAAUCCUCAUAAAAGGAGACAAAUUAGGACUUAUCACAGAACUUUGCAGUUAUAAAUUUAACCGCUUACCUUAUGGUUUAGCUUCCGCACCCUACUGGUGGGGUGAGUUCAUUCAAAACAUCAUUAAAAAACUACCGCAAUCCAAGAACACCACGGUAUCUUAUUACUACGACGACCUUAUCAUUGCUUCUUCCACUAUCGCCGAGCAUUACACUACUUUGAAACACAUAAUGGCACUACUAACAAAAAAUGGUUUAUCACUCAGUUAUGGAAAGAUUCAUAUUGCUGAACCAAAAAUUAAUUUCCUUGGUUACGAACUUUCACAUAACCGAUUAGCUAUAGAUAAAGAAAAGAAAACUACCAUUGCUCAAUGGGAAUUGCCCCAAGACAAAAAAGCGAUAGAGAAAUCCACAGGUUUUGUUAAUUUUUUACGAAAUUUCAUACCAAAUGCUUCUCAAAUACUGGCUCCGUUCUAUCAAUUCGCUACCACAAAACUACUACCCAAUCAUGAAAAACCUAUUUUCCAGAAGGUUAUAUAA